AUGAUUUCGACAAGAGCAGAACACCACGCAACACCGUCCGUGGACACUACCAGUCAAAAACCUUCUAUCUCCACCAGCAGAGAGAUUGGCGUGGACACUCGGAAUCCGGCAGCGCCCAGUGGCGUCGUGGUGUGCAGAGGCAACCGUGCCGCUGGAGCCAGACGCAGCAGAAACAAGAAACGCAGAACAGUCAACCCAUCUCAUUCACCCCACGAGGGAUUUGAACCUGAACAGCACAUCUCGCCCCAACCUAUCUCACUGGCCCUCUCGGACGGACCUGGACAUCAAGAGUCCCUCGAUCUCAACACAACAACUCCUCAGGACGAGGUCCUCAAGCUCCUUCACGACGAGGAUGUCCAGGAUCUCCUCCACAAAGCUGCGAUUAGCAAGAAUGCCAGUGAGAGAAAGGCCGGAGAAGUGUUGAAGACUCGGCUGCAUCGUAUCCCAGAGCUAGUGGCUAGAGCAAAGCGGACUGAAGAGCAGCUUCGUAUCUUGAGAGACAUGAAGGCGGAACUACUCGGCAAGAAGGGGCGGGAGACACAUCGAUGCGCCAAAAGCGACGUCGAGACGAGCGCUUCUACUCCUACACCCGAGGUCAAAGAAGACAACAAACCAUCGAGUAAUACCAUCGACAACUCCCUAAAGUCUACCAAGAACAUCACUGUGCCAAAGCACUAUAUGCAGCCUGAACUUCCCACCAUCGUCCCCUCAAACGGCGACAUCCGGGUCCCUGUGUCUAUCGAAAUCCGUGAGCUGCGCAAGACCGCCACCGAUGACUACGUGCAGAAGUUCAAUGACUACGGACAGGAGCUCCACAACCGCGAGUAG